AUGGUGAAGCGAAAGGCUGAAAAACAGCAAACAGCUGGCCCUGUUAGCGCUGUCGCUGCUUUAGCAGCGCGCAGAGCUCGACAACAGCAAGCACAGAGCGCGGAUGUACCAAAGGAUGCGCCACAAACUAUCAUUGAGACCGAGCCACCCUCUAAAAAGUCACGGCAGUCUCUCGAGGGACCUGGGGCGACUGAGACAAACGAAGAGCGUCGUGGUACACGAACAAAGCCAGCAAAGAAGCAAGAUGAGCCAUUGCCCGCGAAGAUCACACCGGAGCGCCCAGUAAGAGCCACCCGGCCUCAAAAAUCAAAAGUGAAGCCCGAGGUGGAGGAUACUCUCAGGCAGCCCGAAGACGAGCAGUCUGAACAAGACCAAGUCGAGGAUGCGGAAGAGAUGGAUGAGGAUGAUAUUGCGUCUGUUGUGGGUGACGCCGACGGCUAUGAAUCUCCCGCAGAAACGCCAGCAGAACUCCAGAAUUUCCCUCUAUCCAAGGCUCGUUUGAACAAAAGCAAUAUCGUCUACAGUGAUGAGAGCACGCUUUGCAUUCGCAUUAAGGAACGAACGAACUUGGCGUUGUUGGGCCAUUACGACCUUUGGGUAAAAAGAGGUGUUGUCAGUCUGAUGGGCGCAAAAUUACAUCCAUCCUCACAACUGCAUAGAGUCUAUGCUCCCUCCACCCACUCUUUGCCAGUCAUCAAAUGUGUUGCUGGAAUUGAUGGCGAAGCAGAAGUGGAGAUCAAGUCUUGCACUAGCGGCAUUUCCCGCCUCCGUGAUCUCUCGCCUCUGUAUCAAAGGAUAUGGGCUGGCGAUAACACUGCUGCAGAUAAAAUCACACUGAAAGGGGCCGCAAAAGACUCGAAGCGGACUUUUUCAGUGUUAUAUACAUCGGCAGAUGAUUCCUUAAAUAGACAUAUCCGACCACUUCACCUUGACAAAAAAUGGAGUGCGUCAAUGAAAGCUCUCUCACAGCGCGAAGGACAACUCCGUGUUCUGAUAUGUGGCCCUAAGGCAUCCGGAAAGUCCACCUUUAGUCGCUACUUGUUGAAUCAUGUCCUCAGCCCAACACCAGAGACCGAGAGUGGAUAUACUAAUACCGAUGGAGUUGCUUUCCUGGAUCUAGACCCAGGCCAGCCUGAGUUUGCUCCUAUGGGUCAAGUUUAUCUUGCACGCUUGCGUUCUCCGUUCUUCGGUCCGCCUUUUACUCACCCAUCAUUGAAUGAUUCCCAUAACGGUGAAAUAGUGCGGGCACAUCAUAUCGGUGCAGCAUCGCCAAAAGAAGACCCUGAUCACUAUGCACUGGCUGUGAUGGAUCUCAUGGAUCAAUACCGCACGAUGCUGGAGAAACAUCCCCAAUGUCCUCUGAUUAUCAACUACCCCGGUUGGAUCUUUGGGCAGGGGUUAGAGGUUGCAACUUGGCUUGUCAGAUCUCUCGGACUUUCUGAUGUGGUAUAUAUGAGUGAAAAGGGCCCCUCAGAAGUUGUUGAUCCAUUAGGUUUGGCUGCUCGUGAAGCUCGAGUUCCCUUGACAAUCCUCCCAUCUCAGCCCACUGAUUUUGUGAGCCGAUCAAGCGCUCAAUUGCGAGCGAUGCAAAUCCAGUCAUACUUCCAUAUGUCUUAUCCAACUGAUCUCAAAACUUCGGUUUGGUCAGAUGUACCGCUCUCUCGCACGAGGCCCAUUACUGUGGACUAUGCUGGCGCACGACAAGGUAUUCUAGGCGUCAUGGUCAUGGGAUCCCAGAUCUAUCCCGAUCUACUGCACGAAACGCUUGAAGGUGCUAUCGUGGGCGUCGUGGCAGUGGAAUCCCCGAAGGCUAUCAUGAGUGGGAUGGAACCAUCACAGACACCAGAUGACGAAGAGCAUGAGGAUAUUGACAUGGAGUCAGCAAACCCAGGCGCGGGUAACCUAUCUGAUCCUUCCAUCGCUGACAGCGUUGUACGAACGGCCGAAGACCUUCCUUACCUUUUUGUUGGUUCCGGCAGUUGCACCCCAUUGGAUCCUAAGGCAUCGAAUUGUCUUGGUCUUGCUUUGGUCCGUUCGAUCGAUACCUCUUCGCGCAAGCUUGAGCUCUCUACUCCUAUUCCCUCAUCUCACCUAGAGAAGGCCAUCGAUCAAGGUCACGGCAUUGUACUAGUCCGCGGUCAGCUUGAUAACCCGAAUUGGGCUAUCAGCGAAGAAUACUACGCCGCUCGUGCAGCAGAGCGGCGCUACCAGCAAUCGACAUCUGGGUCGAGGAAAGCUGGGGACUCUGGCAGUGAGGAGUUUGAUCCGGCUGAGCAUAAUCGAACGCUUGCACUGCUGCGGGAGAGGGUCCGCCGGGCGAGCAAUGUGCCUUGGAUGACUGUCGUGGAAGAUAACAGCCGCCACCAGCGUGAAGUUGCUGCGCGACGAGAAAAGUCACUAUGGAAGUUGAGAAAGAAGGCAUACCCUGGCAGCGAGAGCGAGGCAGAUUAA